GUUUGAUGUAGCAGCACAGUUUAGCUGGGGUAGUGCCACCCUGGCUUAUCUCUACAGGCAGCUGUGUCGCGGGUGCCAGAGAGGGAGCACAGAGCUGGGGGGAUUUUUGCUACUCCUCCAGAUUUGGUCAUGGGAGUAUAUCCACAUUGGCCGUCCCAUUAUAGUUGGAUAUCAUGGCAUUGAUGGACAGCCACUGCCUGAUGAGCCUCCACGUCUGCUAGGACCACAUCAUGUACGGGGCGUGGACCCUCUAGGCCGUCGGUGGCUAUAUGCUGGUUUAUCUCGCAUGUCAUCCGCUACUGGUCUCGGUGUGUACAGGGAUGCAUUGGAUCGGAUGUCAGAGGACCAGAUCACAUGGAUGCCGUAUAGACCUGAUAUGUUAGCAGAGUUGCCCCCAGCUGGACGAGAGCAGACUCACAUAUGGCGAGCACGUGUGCCGCUGAUAUGUUUUGACAUUGUUGAGCUUCAUUUGCCUGAUAGAGUCAUGCGACAGUUUGGGUUUGAGCAGG